AUGGCAUUCGAAUUACCGAUCGAAAUACUUUCUAAAGUGGCCGAAUUCCUCUCGCCAAAGGAUAAAAGUAGAUGUAUUGCAGUCUGCAAAUCCUGGUACACACCUUUCAAUAUGGCUCUAUGGAACUACACCACAAUAUUCAAUCAAAAGAAAUUGAAAGCUAUGUGUGACAUAAAUUCAAUUGAAGGAUCAACAUAUCAGAAAAACGGUCAAUAUGUACGGCACUUGUAUCUAGAUAGACACACGGAUGCAAGUAGCCAUCAAUUGAGGGUUCUCCAGCAACUAUUUCAGAAUAUAAAUCGCCUUGAUAUAAGCUAUUUUCAUUUAAGAAAAGCCGGAUUUUCACAGACAGAGUAUUCGAAUCCUUGGAAAGCAUUGUCUGAAUUAGAAAUAUAUUUGGAUUUUUCGGAGGAGAAUAUAACUCGGGGCUUUCUCGACGUGCUUUCGGAUCUAUCACGUCUCAAACGACUUGUAUGCUCUAGUCAUUUUCAAGAGUUAGAUACCUGGGCAGUAAAAUUCGGGCCAAAGGAUAUUGAUACACUUCACACCAAAUUGCCGCGAUUAACUCAUUUAUCUCUCCAUACUGAGCUCAGAAUACUCUCUGAAAAAGAACUUGAAACGAUCAACAAUACAAUACCCGCUGCGAACAUAACAAAACUAGUUGUUACUUGCAAAGUGAUGGAUUAUCGAUGGUUGUGUUACUUUGCCCGUAAAUACCCAAAAGUUGAAACUCUACGGUGGAAUCCUAAUGAAGAAGAUGAAAACCAAAGGAACAAAUACAAUGAAGCAGUUUUGAUGUUCGAAAGCCUGCCUUAUGCGUUCCCCAGACUGAAGCGUCUCAAGAUAUCUCAAGGUGUAGAAAACGAACAAGGCUACUUGGUUAUAUGGGAGUUAUUGCGUCCGUUUGGUACCCAUAUAAAUCAUUUAUCUUAUAAGCUAGCACACUCUCUUGAUGAAGUCAAAGUGCUUUCUAAAAUCUUAAAAUCAUUUACGCUUCUAUGUUUUUCAACACUCGAAACAUUAUGUUUGAGAAUUACCUCACACUCAGAAAAGACGUCCAACCUAUUCGACUCAUUUAAUUGUUAUCCAAGCCUCACUGAUCUAAAGAUACAAUUAUACGGGACAUAUGUUGCCUUAGAUAUUCUCUUGGAUCGUUGCGCAGUACCCAAAAGAUUAAAAAUCCAAGGCGGAGAAAUGUCAGGAACUCUAAAGGAUAGUGUCAACGUAGCACCGCAUGGCCUAAGGAUAAUUGAAUUCACGAAUAUGAAAUUGGAUUCGGCUACAUUUCAAUACAUAUCAUAUCGCUGUAGAAAUCUAAACUACAUGAAACUGGACAAGAUAUGUAUUUAUGGCGGCUCAGCUGGAAAAUCAAAUAAUCUAUUUAUCGACAUGGCGCACACUCAUUUCAAGGCUCUUAUUCUAAAUCGGAUUUCUUUUAGACUUUCAUAUAACUAUGACGGUUUCAAAGACUCGAUCAAUCUACUAGUUUUGUCUUAUCCUCUUGAGUACUUUGAUCCAAAUAUUAGCAAGCCAGCUAAUAUAGAUAUAAGUAACAAAACACAACAUACUAUAAAAUCAAUUUGGAUUCAUUUAAGUUGGUCAUAUACCUACCCUUGGAGAUGGAAGCAAGAUUUUCGAAUACUCGGAAAGAAAGAUGCGGAUCAGAUUCACCAGUUCUUUUAUCCAUUUGAUUUUAAACCGUUUUCCAAAGUGUAUGGAAAUAACCGUCAACUACCAGAUGAUUAUUUAUAUCAAGAUCAUAGCACCAAUUUCUCUGUAAAAAGUCAUUUGGAUAACAAAAUACGCGAAGAUCUUUGUAGAGGGCAUACUUCUCUUGAUUUUCGGCAAAUCGACAAAUACUCAAUCGGAAUCAAAGCCAAUGAUACAAAAUAUUUUAGAGGUGAUAUAAAAUGUCUUGUUUUAGAUUAA